UUUUUUUAUUUAUUUUUCAAAUGAUAUGAAUUUUUACAGACAACGUUUUUUUCAUGUUUUAGCCUUUCGUUUGUGUUGCUGCUUUUUCUCUAAUACUUGGUUUGUUCCUGAUGAGUAUUUUCAGAGUGUUGAGGUUGCUUAUCAUAUAGUCUAUGGAAAAGGACAUUUAUCUUGGGAAUGGUUACCUGAAUGGGCACUUCGUUCUCCUCUUCACCCUUUAAUUUAUGCUUUUCCUUUUUGGUUGUUAAAAUUAUUUUCGCUUGAUUUUGGCUUCAUUAUUAGAUGGAUACCUAAUAUUAUUCAUGCUUUUUUGUUUGCAAUUGCUGAUAUUUGUUUUAUUAAUUGGGCAAAAUCUGUUAUUGGAUUUUCUUUUGAUGCCUUGUAUAUUCUCCUUCCACUAUAUUUUACAAAUUGGUUUAUUGUUUAUUGCUCAACAAGAACUUUAUCAAAUACUUUAGAAUGUUGUUUAAUGCUAAUUGCACUAAAUUUUUACACUAAAAACGAUGCAAAUUAUGUAGAAACGAAGAAAAAUGAUGAUUCUGAAGAAGAAAAUUUGGCAAAAUUUUCAAUUCUAAAAAUUGAUUCUUUUUGUAUUUGUUUAAUUAUUGUGUCAAUAGCUGCAGUUAUAAGGCCAACAACUUGGUUAUUAUGGAUACCUCUUUGUUAUGGCCAUUUUGUUUUUUAUUUAUUGGAAGGACUUGAUGUAAUAAAUCAGGAAAUUGUUACAGAAAGGAUGGAAAAAUAUAUUUUGAGUUAUUCUCCUUUUGUUAUCAUCAUUCCAUUGUUCACUUUUAUUCUUGAUUCAUUUUACUAUGGACGUCCAACUUCUACAUUUUUCAAUUUUUUUCAUUUUAAUAUAAUCAAAAGUGGAAAUGCUUUAUUUGGUUCACAUCCUUGGCAUUGGUAUUUUACUCAAGGAUUACCUUCAAUUUUGUUAUUUGCUUCAGUUCCGUUAUUUACAAUUUUGGUUAAAUUAAUUAGGUCUAGUUUUUAUGUUGAUAUUCGAUUGGAUAGAAGAUAUAUAUUAUGUGCUGGUUUGUACAUUUUCUGUCUUUCACUAAUUGCUCAUAAAGAACAUCGAUUUGUUUUGCCAAUUAUUCCGAUUCUUCUCCCAUACAUUGCUGUUGAAAUAAAUUCUUAUAAAAAUGAAUUUUUGAAAAAAUGGCUAAUAAAUUUAAUUAUUGGUUCAAAUUUAUUGGCUAUAAUUUAUUUUGGUAAUUUUAAAAAUUUUGAAUUAAAAAAAAUUUUUUUAGGUCUCAUCCAUCAACGCGGUCCUUAUGUAGCAAAUAAUAAAAUUGUUCAAUAUGUUGAUGAAAAAUUACAAAAGGACAAUAGCAGUACAAUUUAUGUGUUACAAUUAAUGCCUUGUUUUUCAAUGCCAAUGUAUGCUGGUCUUCAUCCUUAUGCCCAAAAUGUGUCUAUUACUAUGCUUGAUUGUGGAAUUAAUGUAAAUUUUGAUUUUUACCUAAUUUAUUAUGUUUUGGAUUUAUUUUAG